AUGAUAACACUCCACUAUUUGAACCAGUCGAGGGCGCUGAGAGUUUGGUGGCUACUAGAAGAACUUGAGGUUCCGUACGACGUCAAACGUUAUCAACGCGAUGAGACGACUAUGCUUGCGCCCGCAGAGUUGAAGCGGGUUCACCCGCUUGGCAAGUCACCGGUCAUAGAAGACGACGGGCAGGUGAUCGCAGAGUCCGGUGCUAUCAUAGAGUACUUGACGGGAAAGUACGAUAAGAAAGGUCUGGUUCCGCCGGCCGGAACACCUGAGCGGCUGAGGUACACUUUCUGGUUACACUACGCAGAGGGGUCACUGAUGCCGCCGCUGUUGCUCAAGCUGGUUUUUAACCGGCUGGCUACUGGCCCUUCACCGUGGAUAGUGCGUCCUCUAUUGCGCGUUAUCUCGAGGCGUGUGCAGGAGAGCUUUGUGGACCCCCAGGUGCAACUGCACCUGGGUUACGUAGAACAGGAGCUUACCCGCUAUCGUUGGUUUGCAGGUGACCAGUUCACUGCUGCGGAUAUACAGAUGGGCUUUCCUUUACUGGUGGCAAAGUCACAGAAAGCACUGGACGAUCGCUAUCCGCAUAUUAUGGAUUUUCUAAAACGUAUGCGGGAGCGUCCUGCAUACCAAAGGGCGCUUGAAAAGAGCGGUGGCGAUGAAAUUUGA